AUGGCUGUCUCGUUCCUAGUGAGCCUGUGGCUGUGCUUCACAAUGUCUGUCCUUCAGGCCUAUCUCCCGGUCAACGUGGCGUCUCUGGAACUGCCCAGACAUCUGAGCUCCAGUGACAAGCCUUCAAGGACAGUCUCAGACUCUGCAAUCAAAUAUUUAAUGAGCCACCCUUUGCACAGAAACGCUGGUUCUCCUUUAGAAACAGUGUCUGUCGGCUCCCAGCAGGGAGAAAGCGCUCCAAACCAACACAUCACGGUCCGGGACAGCGAGCCUCUUCCCUGGAUGUGCACACAGCGUCGCACCUGGAGGUCCCUUCCAGUGGGCUACUAUCCUUCCCGAAUUGCCGAAACGGUGUGCGAGAGCUCUACUUGUAUGUCAGGCCACUACAACUGCACCGCGGUCACCUACAACACCCAAGUGCUGCAGUUCUGUUACAACGCCAAUUGUAAUGACGUCCGGAUACCUUACUCCAUGCGGCGCUUUUGGAAGUUCACCGACAUCCCUGUCUCUGUGGGGUGCAUGUGUUCUCGAUAA